UAAUUAUUUGUUGUUAUUAUUAAUUAAUUAUGCAUUGUACUUUUAUCGCUGUUCAUCAAUUUAGAGUAUAUUGAGAAACAAGGGAACCAGCGAAAAAAACCACAAUACACAAUGAAUGAUAUUCAAGAGGUGAAUACUCCAUCAUUUAUGGAUAAUGAUGACGUAAUCUUGAUGAAUAAUCGAUUGAUGAGUGAUUUGGAGAAAAUUGAACACUUUAAUAAUAAGAAUAAUAUCAAGAACAGUGAUCAUAGUACUAAAAAACACACUGAACAAUUAUUAUAUCAAGUUAUGCGAGAAAAUUCUACUUUACGAGAAAAGAAUGAAAAAUUAGAGGAAGAAAUGGCCCGCCUAAAGGAGGAUAACUCAAAAGUGAAUGAAAUAAAUGAUAUAAGAAUAAAAAUGACUACUAUUCAACAUGAAUUAAACAAACAAAUUGAAAUGAAUGAAAAUUUGAAAUCUGAUAAUAUUCUAUUGAAUAAUUUAAUCGAAUCAAUGAAAAAAGAUCAAGAUAUACUGUACCAUGAGAAAGAAGAUUUGAUCAUUACAAAUAAACAAUUUGAACAAACUCUUUUAAUGAAAAUUGAAAAUGAAAAGAAGUUAUUAGCAGAUAAUCAAUUCUUAGAUCAACUUGUUCAAAAACUGAAUAACCCAGAGACUCAAUUAAACCCUCCUGACUGUCAGAAAUGCUUAAAUUAUGAAUAUCUACAGGAACAGUUGCAUACUUAUAUCAGGUUAUAUGGUAAAUUAAGUGAAAGAAGCAGUCAUCAUGAUACAUCGGACAGAUGUUCUUCAUUUGAUGAAGAUUUAUUGGAUGAGAAGGGUAGAAAUAACUUGUCAGGUAGAAAUAAACUCAAAAAUCAACGUCAAUUUCACAGUAAGGAAAAUGAAGCACAAGAAAAUCCAAUGAAAUCUCAUUCGGAUUAUUCAUCGACAGAAUGUCUAGCCUCAAAAGAAUAUACCACUGUCAAUAGUAAUGUAGAUACCACUAAGUACUGUGGAGCAGAAUAUAUCAAGCAAAAGGAAUCACUUUUGGAAACAAAGUUGACUAAUCGAUCCGACGUUACACAGAAUAGCCAUUUAAGUUGUUCAGAUAAAGGAUUACUAUCAAAGCUAAAUGAUGAGAACAAAGAAUUGAGAAGUAUGAUCUCUGAAAUGAAUUCCUAUUGGCAGGAGAGACAAAAGAAGUUGGAAGAUCGUUGUCGUGUUUUGUCUGCCAGGCUGAAAAUUGAAAGAUCCAGUCAUCGUUCAAGUCAUUAUAAAUCUUCAUCUUGGAUACGAUCAUCAAUGAAUAUCCUUAUUCCAUCGAAACUGAAAUAUAAUAAUAAACGAGAGAUGAAACGUAGUCAAAAUGAAAUUACUUCCUUGAAUACUACUACUAAUACUAUUAAUCAACAUGAUAGUGACACUGUUGAAAGGGAUGGCAAUGAUAACAACACCAAUAGCAACAACAACAAUACUAAUCAUGCAAAUGAAGGUAUUAUCGAUCAUAGCAAGGCUGACAGUCAAACGGAUGACAGUGAAAUAAGUCUCACAUCUCUAAGUGAAAUGGAAUCAGAGUAUGGUCAAGUAGCACAGGAAUCAAAACUCAUCAACAACAGUAAGACGAGACCAAUGAAAUCAAAGGAACAUGGAAUUCAACUGCUUCAACUGAACAAUACAAUUUCACAAUUAUCUGAGAUUCAGUCAUCGUACAAUAUGUUAAAUCAAAGAAAUAAUUCUCUAAUUCAACAAUAUCAAGCAAUGCGUACAGGAAAACUCAAAGCUGAACAGUUGAAUAAAGAUUUAAACAAUUUAAUCGAAUCAUUAAGUAAUGCAUUACGUAGAAGUAAAAGACAAAAUCUUCAAUCUAAAUGUAUCAUUGAGAGUCUUAAAAAAUAUUUCUAUGAAAUUAUUGAAACUAUAAAGCAAUUUAAUGAAGAUGGAGGUAAUCCUACAAAAGUUACGGAUGCGCCUAAUAAAGACAUUAUCCCAGUUGAUGGCAACGCUACCAAAAAAUUUUUGAAAGAAUUCUCUCAUCAGAUUCAUCAACAACUUCAAGAAGCCUUGAUUAAUAAGAAAAGUGAAUCAGUAGCUUUAAAGACAAAACUUACUAUUCAUGAAAAUGAAGCUAAACGUCGACGUAAAUGUAUUGAAGAAUUACGUCUACGCCUACAAGAUAUUCAUCAGGAUAAAAUAAAUCUUCGAAAUGAUUUGAUGAAGAAGGAGAAAUUAAUUGAAAAUUUGAAAUUAACUGAAAUCAACUUACAGAACACGAUAGAAAGUCAACGUACUCAAGUGAAGACACUGAUAUCUGAGAAGAAACAAAUCUCACAGAAUUUCAGCCAUUUAAAAGAAGCGCAUAAUCAUGUUGUACAUGAACUUGAUGAAUUAAAAGAGAGUUUUUUAAGUUUAAAAUUAAAACAACAAGUGAAUACAAAUCAAACAGAUGGUGUGAUGAAACAAACAAAAACAUUUACGCGUUUAUGUGCUAAUGAUCGAACAGAACACUUAGAAAAGUUGAUCCUAUAUCUGGCUAAUGAAUUGAUCAGGAUUAUAAAACUGGCCUAUCAGCUAUGCAUUGAUUCGUCUGCUACUACUACAAUGGCGACGACCACAACUACAACAACAACAACAAAAACAACAGAACGAGAUACAAAUCGGCCAACUAAAAAAUACACUUCACCAGAUGGCAACUCAUCACUUGUUAUAAGUGAGGAUAGUUUAAAAACAGCUAAAUUGAAGGCAGCUGAAAUUUUAUGCUUAUCACUGGAUGAUUUAGAGAAGUUAACUUUACUGGAGAAUGAUGCUAUGGGCGUUGAUAACCACAAUGGAAACAAUGACUAUGCCGCUGUUGAAAGUGAUGAUGUUGACUGUGUCUAUUCAUCAUCAGGCAUACCAUAUGAUAAUGAUACAGUCACAAGAGAAAAAAAGGAAUUCUCAAUAAAAUCAAUAGAUUCGCUGUUGCACAAAUUAUCGCAGUGGCCUGUUCAAUGUGAAAAAUUAUUGAAAGAUUUCCCAUUUUCCCAGAAAUUAAAAGAAGAAUUUUCAAAACGAUUUGAAGAUUUACUCGAAAUAUUAACUUUUAUGCUUAGCAAGAAAGACAACUGUUACUGAAUUUAUCUCGGUGAAGUCGAACUUGCUGAAUCUUCCUGUGAUUCCGAAAGGACUUCUUUUUCAUGCAUAGUUUGAUUAAAUGAUGAAUUGUUUUCUGUGACAUUCUUAAACUUAAAUGAUUAGGGAACAUUUUUAUGUAUAAUUUUGUGCUACUCUUGAGUAGCUUACCGAUGAUUUGUUAAUUUCUUUUCUCACUGGAUGUGAAUGUCAUUUGAUAGCCAUUGUACAGUGAAAAUUGGUAAAUCCUGAUAUUGCAUUUUCUUUAUUAAAUCAUUUUGAUUCUAAAAUUUUCCUCGAAUGAGUUCAAUCAACUACUUUAGUUUUUGGUUAUGUUGAAACUGAACCAGUUUUCUGUUUGAUGCCCAAAAAUACUUUUUCCAUUCGUUUGUAUCAGCGUCAAAAGAAAACAUUUCUAC